AUGCAAAUAGUUAUUAUUCAUCCAGAACAAUGGAAUGGUGGUUCUGAUAGGUGUACUAUGGCUUUAAUAAGACAUUUUGCUAAAGCUGGACAUCAUGUUAUUUGGUAUACAACUAUGAUUGAUGAGUAUUGGAAAGAUGAAGAUUUUUCUGGUAUUGAGGUACGUAAUCUUAAAAUACCAUGUCAUCCAGGUGAUUGGUGGUCACAGAAUGCUGCUUUAGGUUUAUACUCAAUAUUUGAUAACAUUAAUCCAGAUGUUGCUAUAAUUGAUCAUUCAGCAUCAUGUGUCCCUAUCUUUAAAUGGCGUUUUCCAAAAUGUAAAAUACUUUUUUAUUGCCAUUUCCCUCAACAACUUGUUACACCAUCACGAUUUUUUUUAUAUCGAUGGUAUUCAAGUCUUGUAUCACUUCUUGAAUCCCAUCUUUUUGAAGCUGUUGAUGUUGUAAUGUUAAAUUCUAAUUUUACAGCAGCUAAUUUUCAUAGAGUUAUGCCUAAUAUUAAUAAAAAUAAAUUAAAAGUUGUUUACCCUCCAUGUGAUGUAGAUGCUAUUGCUGUACAAGGGAAACCAAUUAGUAGAAUAUGUAGAGGAAAAAAUGAAAGAUAUAUCUUUCUUUCAAUGAAUCGUUUUUGGCCAGAGAAACGUUUAGAUAUUAUUGUUGAAGCUGCUAAUAUACUUAAAAAAAGAGGAUUUAAUCCAAUUAUUCAAAUUGCAGGUUCUGUUAUGCCACAUAUACCAGAAUCAAAAAUAUAUUAUGAAAAUCUUUUAAGUAUGAGUGAAAAAUUAGAUGUUAAUGAUAUUGUUCAAUAUAUUUGUAGUCCAACCGAAAGUGAAAAAUUUGCUUUAUAUAGAAAUUGUGAUACAACAUUAUAUACUCCACCAAAUGAACAUUUUGGUAUUGUACCAAUAGAAGCAUUAGAACAAAGAAGACCAGUAAUUGUUUGUGAUAGUGGUGGACCAUCAGAAACAGUUUUAGAAGGAAUAACAGGAACAAAAAUAAAAGAACCUACAUCAGAAUUGUUGGCUGAAGCUAUGAUAACACAUAUGUUAAAAGAAUCAUGGGAACAUUUAGAUAUAGAUGAAAUGUAUCAAUAUCAAAGAGAAAGAUUUGAAAAAGAUUUUUCAGCAAAAGGUUAUGGUAGGAGGAUUGAUGAAACAAUUCAAGAAAUGAUGAUAGAAAAUGAAAAACAAUUAAUUGAAAUUAAGACACCUUCAAAUAAUAAUGAAACAAUAACAUAUUCUAAGAAUUUAAACAAAACAAAUAUUCGACAUAGAGGUUAA